AUUGCUGAUUAUAUCAGAGGUAGAAAAAUGUUAUGUGGUUCCCCUUGGCAUUUGUGCGAUCAUGUUUUGUUUAUCAUCCAUAUGGAGACUGAAUCACAUUGGAUUCUUACUCGAUUGAAUAUUGAGGAAAGGCGUAUGUACAUGUACAACUCCUUGUCGACUGCUAUGAAAGAUAGUGCUGCUAUCAAAGCUUGUCAGCCAUUUGCGGUGUUGUUGCCCCACUUUUUUGCUUUGUUUGAUGAGUUCAAAAAGGAAAACAAACCGGUUUGUUUAGACCCUUUCGAAGUUGUUAAGGUUGAUGGUUUGCCUCAACAAACCUCGAAUGACUGUGGUUGUUUCGUUGCAUCGUUUGCCGAAUACUUCAUUGAUAUGAAACCGAUUCCUCCCAUAUUUGAUGUUGAGAAACACCGUGAUAGGCUUGCUGUGUUGUUCUAUAAGUAUGCUCGCAUGAAAGAAUUGGAUUUUAUUGAUAGUGAAGAUGAGGCUCCUCCAAAGGGUCCAAAGAAGAAUUUGUCUUAGUUAUUUAUUGGUUGUUGUUGGAAAUACUACUUUUUUUAUUUAGCUUUUGUUUUUUCUAUUACCAGAUUAUGUUCAUGAUCAUAGACAAGUUGUUGUUUCUAUAAUGUUUUUUUCUUUAUUGGAAUUGGUUUUUUAUUUGUUCAUAUUUUUGGAUUUUUAAUUUUUAUAUUUACUUUAACUCAUGACAGCAUACUAUUAACAACCUUAUUACAACCAUCUGACAAACAAGUAAAUUGCAUUUUAAUCACUUUAUGUAGUUUUUUUUCCUUCUUAUUAAUUUCAACCUUCUUCCACUAAUUUAAUUAUUUAACUAUAAUAUUUGAUGUUCCUUUGUAUAUUAAUGA